AUGCGAACUCUGGGCACGGGAUCGUUUGGCCGUGUGCUGAUGUGCAAGAAGAAGGAGACUGGACAGUUCUGUGCAAUGAAGAUUAUCCGCAAGGAGAUCGUCAUCAAACUGAAACAGGUGGAACAUACAGCUAACGAGAAGAAUAUCUUGGCGUGCAUCGACUGCCCGUUCAUAGUCCAGAUGAUCGAAUUCUUCUCGGACAAGAAAUCCCUAUACUUUGUCCUCGAGUUCAUCAACGGAGGCGAGAUGUUUACGCACAUUCACCGCAACCGAUAUUUCACAUCCGACGUGGCCCGGUUCUUUGCCGCAGAAACUGUCCUAGCCUUUGAAUACCUACAUAACCUAGACAUUGUCUACCGUGACCUGAAGCCCGAGAAUCUGCUGAUCGACAGCCGUGGCCACCUCCGUAUCACGGACUUUGGUUUCGCAAAGCGCGUGGCGGAUCGUACAUGGACACUCUGUGGAACCCCCGAGUACUUGGCGCCGGAGAUUAUUCUGUCCAAGGGUUACGCCCACGCGGUCGACUGGUGGGCGCUAGGUACUUUAAUAGGGAGAUGA